AUGCAGGCUCCUGCUAUGAUGCCUCUGCUGCUUGUGCUCAUGGGCCUCGUGGAAGCACUUCAGAGCCACCCCAUCACACGACGAGGACUCUUCUCUAAAGAAAGGCCCCUGGACAUGGCCCCAACCUCCUUUGACGACCAGUAUGCUGGCUGUGCAGCAGCCAUGACAGCUGCUCUCCCAGAUCUCAACCGCACCGAGUUCCAGACCAACAAAGUGUAUGCUGACAGCUGGGUGCAGGCCAGCAGCCAAUGGCAGGACCGCAAAGCCUGGGGGCCAGAGUGGGGCCUCAGCCUCACCCCGAUGUCCCCACCACCCCCCGGCUUCCGUGAUGAGCACGGGGUGGCCCUCCUGGCCUACACAGCCAACACCCCCCUGCACAAGGAGUUCAACGCGGCCCUGAGGGAGGCGGGCCGCACCCGAGUCCACUACCUCCAACACUUCCCCUUCAAGACGUUUCACUUCCUGCUGACGGAGGCCCUGCAGCUGCUGAGCAAGGCCCAGCGUUCUCCCCAGUGCCGCCAGGUAUUCCGAGGGGUACAAGGCCUGCGCUUCCAGCCAACAGGGCGUGGGGCCACCGUCCGGCUGGGGGGCUUUGCCUCGGCGUCCCUGAAGAAUGCCACAGCCCAGCAUUUUGGGGAGGACACCUUCUUUGGCAUCUGGACCUGCCUUGGUAUCCCUAUUAGGGGCUACUCCUUCUUCCCCGAGGAGGAGGAGGUGCUGAUCCCCCCCUUUGAGACCUUCCAGGUGAUCAACAGCAGCCGACCUGCCCAGGGCCCCACCCGCAUCUACCUCCGGGCCCUGGGCAAGCACAGCGUGUACAACUGCGAAUACAUCAAAGCCAUACAAUGCAAGUCUAGUUCCUGCCAUCUGGAAAACUCAGCCAUGGGUCAGGGCCCUCUGUCUACAGUCUGGUUCCUUCCACUGCUACUCUGGUUCCUUGUCGGGGGAGUCUUUCCCGAGCAUCCAGGCCUCCUCUGA